CUCGCUGCGGGGCGGGGCGCGGCGGCAGGGCCGUGCCUGGCGUUCCGCUCCCUGCCACGAAUCGGCUCUUGUCAGUAACUGUGUGUCCUCUACUCCUUCGUGUUUCCCCCUGCACUACAGGUACUAAAGAUGGGCCGUCGAGCCCGCCAGGACCUCUUUGCAGGUGAAAAACUCAGCACGAAGAAUUCCCCGUCUGCUUCUCUUGGAGAGGUGAAGUCAACAUGCCAGGAGCAAUUGUUUUCAUUAAAUGUUUGUUGGGAGAACAACUAUAAAAAGAAGGUUCCACCACCUAAACCCCCACGCCGGCAAGGAGGCUGGGCAGAUGAUCCUGUGCAGGCAUCUACCAAGUCAGGAAGAAAGCAUGCAGAAGAAGUAGAAGACUAUCGUCUCAGACAGCAGAGCCUGGAGGCAUCAGAUGAUGGAGGAGACAUUCCUGUGAUCCCUGACUUGGAGGAAGUCCAGGAGGAAGAUCUGGCCAUGCAAGUGGCAGCUCCCCCCAGUGUGCAGGUGAACCGAGUGCUGACCUACCAUGACCUGGACAAAGAUCUAAUGAAAUUUGCUGCCUUCCAGACUCUGGAUGGGGAGGUAGACCUGAAGCUCCUCACCAAAGUUUUGGCUCCAGAGCAUGAGCUACGAGAGGAUGAUGUCAGCUGGGAUUGGGACCAUCUCUUCACAGAGGUGUCAUCAGAACUAGUGACUGAGUGGGACCUGGGACAGUCGGAGAGGGAGGACCACCUCAGUUUCCCAUAGAGCUCUGACUCACCAGAUGUCUCAUACAUCCAUCUCCUGUAAAUAGUUAAGCACCUAAAUUUUCUAUUCACUUGUAUUUGAGAAUUUAUUUCAGACAUGAAAAAAUAGGACCUUGCUUCAUAGAAAAAUUGUCUUGGGAGAAGUUUGGGUUAUUUUUUAAUAAGAAUUUUUGUUCUCAAAAGAAAUUAAGAAUUUUAACACAAUAAAAUAUUUACUUAUAAAGAGUCAUUCCACCUCAAUAGCACCUCUGCAGAUAACACAAUGGUUGAUCUUUUCUCUAUGGAAACGCUGCCUCUCUGGAGUGGACCAUCAUACAAUGGAGUGUGGUUUGCACUCACGGCUAUCAGAGAAGCUUGGGCUGAUAUGACUUGUUUUCAUAGGACAUCCAGGUUACCAUCUUCCUCACAACAGACACCUCAAGCUGUCAGGAUAUUUGAUUUAUAUUUCAUCCAGCAGCCUUCAGCCUUUCCUUGUUAGUUUAACCUCUCUCUUGGAACAUUACCUCUGUAUUGACUCAGGAUGCAGCACCACCUAUUAAACUGCCACUUCUUACAGCCCCUCUUUAUACCUUGAGGUUUCCCAGCUAAAUUCUGACCAGGCUUAACCUCACUUAGCUUUUGCAAUCACAUGAAACCACAGCCUGAAUGGAGAUCGCUUCAGGCAUAGGUACUUUGCAAGGAAAAUUCUUUCACAUACAUUUUUCCAUGUAUGUGAAAGAAUGGAGCCUGAUGCUCUCAAAUAAGAUAACUCCCUGGUGGAUGUCUCCUUGGAACCAAGUAACUCACUCUUAUUGUCAUCUAGCUAAAGAAAAACUCAUUUUGCUGUUAAUACCUUGUCCCUGUAGAACCAUGGUCAUUAUUUGCAGGAAACAGUGACAUUACUUCUAAACCAAAGUCCUUCAAAGCCUUGCCCUGUUGGAGAGUCUUGCUAUAAACUUCUGGGGAGUGCAGGUGCUGGGAGGAAGCUUGCUGUGCUGCUUUUCUUUGCUUGUUUGGUUGGUCUAACAGAGCACUGCAUUCCCACUUUUGUGACAGCAGAACAGAUCAAAUAGCUCUCUGUGAAUUCACUACUCUGCAGAAUUUCAGGUGAGAGCUGACAUGCCAAACAACUUUACCAACAAAAAAGAAGGAGUUGGGUCCCACUCUGGGGCCCCAAAAAUAAUGGGAGGCUUAUCUGUCUUAAGGAAACUAAGCUUUUUACAACCAAGACAUCUCUCCUGUAACUAAGAAAACUAAGUGAGGCAUUAGCUUGGGAGGUCAUUGUACAGAAGAUAAUCUGAAAGUCUUUCUCUGAGCAGAAAAACCUGUUUUGGUAGGAGCAGAAACUUCACAGCUGCACUAGCAUCUACUUUGCUGUGACACUUAUGAUUCCUGGCCAAAGAGAAUUUAGAAUGCUUUGUACAUCCAGGAAAAAAAAAAAAAAUCAGGAAACCAAAAUAGGUUAGUAAAUCAGACAACAAACUAGUCAGAGGAAAAAAAACGGGUGCUUUGGGCAGCUGGGGACCCUGGGCAGGGAUACUCUGGAGUGGGAAGCAGGUGUGUGUGGGCCAGGCUUGUGCCCAGUCUGGGACCUUGGUAACCCAGAAAACACCUGAGUAGAGCUGGAGAGAAGGGCUUGAAAAAAAAAGCCAGCCUCAUCUGUUUUAUGUCAGGAAGAGGUAUCUUUGGUAUCUUUGCUAUCUUUGAUUAUUUGGUCUGGCCUGUUAUAAUAUAGGCCAUGGCAGAAUCUUGUGAGAGGGGGCUGAGCUUUGCCUGUCUUUUAGAAAGGCAGACAACAUACUUCAAACUCUUUCCUUGUUACUUUUUAAUAGAUGAUUGCCCUUAUGGUUUAAAAUCUGCUUUAUUUCUAGACUCAGUUUUUGAGUUUCAUCUUUUGUUUCUUGAGCCUGCUUGAUUUCACCUUUCCACAGCCAUGCUGUCAGGUCUUUUCUCCUUGCUUCAGUAUUUAUGUGCACUGGGAUCAAGUUGUCGCUUUAAUUUUCUUAAAUAAACUUAAUAGACUGA